UUUUUUAGCGGUGCGUUUUUAUUCGGCGUUAAGCUUUUCAAUCGAACGGUCGCGUGUGCCAGCGCUACGCCACGGCCAGUUAGUUUCGCCGCGAUACGCAGCUGUGACAGUCGAACGCGGCGUUAUUUAAUCUCUAUAUAGAUUAUUCGUAUUCCGAUCGUCGUGCCGCUCCGCCAGCCGUGGAGUGUGCGUGCGUGUCUCACCACAGCCCAACAGAGAGGCAGCUGAACAACCGCCCAACCGCCCAACCACCCAACCACCCACUCGGCCGCAUCCAAGUGUUGAUCCUCAAUCCCGCUCUGUGUGUUCGCUAGCCGAACCCAGCACAAGUAGAUCCCAGUCAGAGAUGGAGCGCCGCGUUAACUUGUUGCCCGCCCUGCUGGCUCUCUUGCUGUGCAUUUGUGCAGCAGCAGCAGCAGCAGCUGGAGCAGGAGCUGGAGCAUCGCCCGCGUAUUACUGCCCCGAGGACUGCAGCUGUUCGCUGUCGCAGCACACGCACAAGCCGCUGCUCCAUGCCAAGUGCAACAGCACGAAGGGUUUGAAGCUGUCUUCAUUCCCUUCCGUGCCCAUACAUUCCAUUGAUUUGUCAUAUUUGGGCUUGACGCGUCUGGGCCAUGUGCUGGACAUGCUGCCCAAUCUCACCUCCGUGGACUUGUCGCACAACGACUUGCACGAGUUGGGGCAUCUGAGCAAGCGCAUCAAGAAGCUCAAUCUCAAGCACAAUCGUUUGACCUCAGCCAAGCUGUUGAAGCUGCCGCAGCAUUUGCAGGUUCUGAAUUUGCAGCACAAUGACAUCACGUCGCUGCCCAUGGAGCUGACACAUCUGCAGCAUUUGCAGCAGCUGGAGCUGGGCCACAAUGCCAUCAAUUGCUCGUGCAGCACCUUGGAGGUGCGCAACUGGCUGCAGGAGCGCCAUGUCUAUAUGGAGAAGCCCGUCAUCUGCAGCCAGCCGACGGAGGCGCACGGCAAGCCCUGGCUGCAGCUGAAGCAGUCCGAGAUCUGCGAGAAGGAGCAGCGCGGCUGGUAUACGCCGGACAUAGACGAGAACGAGCUGAUGUUGGGCGAUCAGCCCAUGCCCGACUCCAGCGAGCAGGAGGACGACGAGGAGCAGGAACUGGGCAAAGACUAUCUGGUCAUCGAUGGCAAGAAGUCCGUAAAGACGCCGGAACCAGCACCUGCCCAGUUGCAUAGCGAUGUGGAGGGCUCGGGCGAUCUGAACGAGAUGAAUAUGGAACUAAUUGCCCAGCAGGCAUCGGAGCCGGUGCCCGUUAUUGCCGAGGAGCCCAAGGGAGCAGAGCAGCUGGUCGCUGCUCACGACGAGGAAGACACCGACGAGGAGGGCUCGGGCAGCGGCGGCGGCGCCCUAAUCAUACCAGCCAUCCAUUCGGAUCCCAUCAACACAGAUGACUUUGAGCCUCCAGAAACGCACGAAUCCGAACAGGUAAGCAACGAAAACAACGACGACGACGACGACGACAGCUACGACAACAAGCCGCUGGAGCAGCCGGCCACGCCCUCGGCGGACAUCUUCAAGAACAUCGGCAUCUUUGAGGAUGCCGGCGGCAAUCCGGUCAGCGAGGAGGCGAUUGUGCCCGUGGUGCAGACCAAGCUGGAUGCGGAUGUGGUCACCGACGGCCCAUUGGAUCUGGACAAGACCUCCGAGGACAUACUGUCCGCCAAAGUGGGCAAAAAGGAUGACAGCAACGCGAUCUAUUUCCUGCUGGGCGUCAUUGCGCUCAUCGUGCUCGGCCUGAUACUCUUCGUGGCCAUCAAACGCUGCAAAUACAACAACAAUGCGGCGGCGGCGGCACGUGACGCCGAGGCGCAGCGCCAGACGGAGCUGCUGGACAUGGACAAGAGCAAGCUGGGCAAGCCGCUGGCACGCAACGGCCACGAGCAUUCGCCCCUGAUUGGCGAGAAGACCAAGCUGGACGAGGCGCAGAUUGUCAACGGCAACGGCAAGAAGCCGUACGAUAGCAAGGACGGAGCUGGACAGCAGCCGCUGCUCAAUGGCAACGGCACGGCCAACGGCGAUGCCAAGGAGUUGCCCACCAUCAAUGAACCCGUCGCCAAUUCGGAGCCGGCGGCACCAACACAUGAAUACUAUCCCAUCACGCCGCGUUAUCCCACGCCGCAGUCGCCGCGCGCCUCCAAGUACGCGCAGCAUCCGCAGGGCCAGGCCGCCGCCGGCGAGCCGAACAACAACAACAACAAUAAUAGUAACAACAACAACAACAACAAUGAACCGGAUGGCGCCUACUUGCCAUCGUCACCCAAAUCCGGCCGCUAUUCGCCCGUCUAUUCGCCAGAGACCGGACGCGUCAAGAUCAAGCUAACGGAGACGCCCAAACCGAAGACGCCGAUGUUGGUCACGCGCAGCAAAUCGAAUGCUGGCGAUAUUAUAACCACGCCCUAUUUAGAGCCCACACAUCAGGUCAACGGCAUUGCCGGCCACUGAGAUGAUCCCCUCCGAAAAAUCCCCGCCAGCAGCCCCCCUUUUUAGGCGUGAGAAACCGAUAACAACAACAACAACAACUAGAAGAAGAAAAGCCUUUAGCUGAGCUUAGAGUGUGUGGCAAUCGAUAAUCGAUAGACGUUAAUCGAUAAUCGAUAGACGAUAACGGUGCUUUGCAAAGUAGAGCAAACAACAACUAUUCGUUUUAAGCUCCCGCAUCCCCUCUUAAUAUACAUAUACAUAUACAUAUAUAUGGUAACCGUUUUGUAGUUUUAGCAUUAAGUAAAUUAAUUAAUACUUAAGCAUAAAUCUAGUUUAAUACCAAAGUUAAAAAAUAUCUUAAAUGUAAAUUUCCCCAGCAGCGCGAAAUACAAACGAUAAAAGAUGAUAAAUCCGAAAUGGGCUGAUGACGCUUUGCAACACUAUUUUUCUACUACUGGCAUCUGCAUGAGACACACACAAACACACGAUUACUUACUAUACAAACCUAUACAUAUAUAUACACACAUAUAUAGAUCAAUUUAUAUAUGUUCUUUAUAUAUUUAAUUAUAAUAUUUAAGCUGCAUUCUCUUGUGAAAUUAUAUUGUGUUACUCUCUGUUCGUGUGAAUGACUUUUCAAUUCAAAAUAAGCCUAUCAAUAAAAAGAAAAACUACAACAUUUAAAAA